CUCGGUGUUUCGUCGCGCAGAGGACGACUCGGAGGAUAUUUGUGGACUCCAUGAAACAAAAGCAGCUGGAGGAUAAUCAAAGAGUCUGCGUCUGCUUCCUGCUGGGCGUGAAGAUACACAUUUCUCCAGUCAGAUUGUUUGUCUCGAACAAAUUGAGUGCGAUCGAAGCUGUGCUUGGAUCCGGGUCUGUGUGUUAAACAUGGGAGACCAGCAAUCAGUCCGGCCCCCCCUGCCUCCAUUACUGCUGCUCCUGACGCUCCUCGCCAGGCUGUCUCAGCUCUGGGCCUUCCCCUUCAGCCCGUCCCUAGACCUGGAUGUCACUCCAAGGACCACCGUCUUCUCCAAAGGUCUGUUAGGCAGUGCUAGAUUCAACGGCUCUUCCCAGAACUACAGCACGCUCCUGCUGGAGGAAGAGACCGGCCUGCUGUACGUGGGAGGCAGAGGAGCUCUGCACGCGCUCAACACCUCCAACAUCUCCACCCCUUCAAACCUCACGAUUGAUUGGAAUGCUUCCCCUGAACAGAAGAAACAGUGUCUAAACAAAGGCAGAGACAAUCAGACAGAGUGCUACAAUCACAUCCGCUUCCUGCAGAGAUUCAAUGAGACUCACCUGUAUGUCUGUGGAACAAACGCCUUCAGACCUCUUUGCGCUUACAUGGAUGCAGAGCGGUUCAACUUCACCUCUGGCUUUGAGGAGGGCAGAGAAAGGUGUCCAUAUGACCCAGCAAAGGGGUACACCGGCCUUAUUGUAGACGGUGAGAUGUUCACAGCCUCUCAGUAUGAGUUUCGAAGCUCUCCAGAUGUGCGCAGAAACUUCCCCUUCCCUACGCUCAGGACUGAGGAGGCCCCAACUCGAUGGCUUCUGGAGGCAGAUUUUGUGGGAUCUGUGCUGCUGAAGGAGAGCAUUAACAGCUCUAUCGGUGACGACGACAAGAUUUACUUCUUCUUCACGGAGAGAAGCCAGGAGCAGAUUGCCUACCCGAGCCAGACCAAGGUGUCCAGGGUCGCCCGAGUCUGCAAGAAUGACUGGGGAGGCCAGAGGACCCUGCAGAGGAAGUGGACCUCUUUCCUUAAGGCCAGAAUGGUGUGUUCAGUCCCAGAAUAUGAGCUGCACCUCAACAUCCUGCGCAGUGUGUUUGUCCUGCAGGGUCGGGACGCUCAAAGCAGCAUUUUCUAUGGUGUCUUCGGCCUGGAAUGGAAGAAUAUCAAAGCCUCUGCUAUCUGCCAGUACGCCUUCUCAGAUGUGCAGAAGGCUUUCGAUGGGCCGUACAUGGAGGUGCAGGACUCAAAGUGGAGGGAGUUCACGGGGAAAGUUCCAGAGCCAAGACCUGGAUCUUGUAUAACAGACGCUCACAGGUCGCAGGGCAUUAACUCGUCUCGGGACCUGCCAGAUAAUGUCCUCACUUUCGCCAGAAGGCACCCACUCAUGGCCAGCCAGGUGCACCCAAUAGGGGUUCGCCCACUCAUGUUCAAGAGGAGUGUCAACUAUGUCAAGAUAGUCGUGCACAAGGAGCCAGCGCUGGAUGGGAACAUUUAUACCGUUCUGUUUUUGGGAACCGAUGACGGCUGGCUGCACAGAGCUGUAGACAUUGGUGGAGAGAUGCACAUCAUAGAGGAGCUUCAGCUGUUUGAUAAAGCGCAGCCCAUAGAGAGCAUGGUCAUAUCCUCUGCUCUGAGGAGUAUUUACGUUGGCUCGUACUCCGGAGUGGUGCAGGUACCAAUGUCCGCCUGUGAGAGAUACACUUCCUGUUACGACUGUGUGUUCGCCAGAGAUCCUUUCUGUGGCUGGGACGGGAAGGUGUGUGUGGAAAUAUCCUCACAUGCACAGAGGUCGAACCUAACCCAGGAUAUUUCAAAGGGGAUCAGGGGUUGCAAGGAGAAUUCAGGAAAUGUGGUCCAUCGGAGGCGUUCUGUGAUGUCUGGUGACGACGUGCUCCUCCAGUGUGAAUUGCGCUCCAACCUGGCAACUCCACGCUGGACGCUGAACGGCAAAGAGCUCCAGGGAUACGGCCUGAAUUCGGGCUACCGCAUCGGCACAGAUGGCCUCCUCAUAAUCGGAGCUCGUUCCCAGCAGAGUGGGUCUUAUCGCUGCUUUGCUGUGGAGAACUCCGUCUCAGUCCUGGUGUAUCUCUAUACAGUCAGGGUACACACGGACUCCUACUUCCCCGUGGAGCCUGAAUCCACGACUUCCCCCACCACAGUUUCCAGCCCGACUGUUUUCUCCACCAGCAGCCCCACGGAGCAGCCCCUGCCCUCCCCCCCCGCCCCGCUGCCUCCGGGGGCCGAGUUCCAGACCUACAGACACAUGGAGGCCGUGUACAUCUCCCUGGUGGCGGUCCUCGGGGGGCUCUGCUUGGUGUUGACUGUGGUGCUUCUUUAUGUGAGCUUCUGCACCAGAAGGGCCCGGCGGGACCGAAAGUUCUCCCAGCAGGAGCUGCACGUCCUGGGGGCCUCUGAGAGGAAGAGGAGCUCGCAUCUGGAGCUUAAAACCAUCACGGGCCACUGUAACGGCCGCCAGGGUCGUCGCUCCAUCUCGAUGACAACAUUUGGGGACAUUGGUGAUGGAUUCCUGCAGAUUGUUCCAGGGGAGGGCCAGUUCUCCCCCUGCAAAACGCCUCCCCCUGCCCCUCCUCUGCCCAUGCCACCUCCAUUACCCAACAUUGAUUACGCCAACGGGAUGUCGGCCACUCUGCCCAGCGUGCUGCGGAAGAUGAACGGGAACAGCUACGUUCUUCUGAGGCAGGCCGACACCGAGGGCAUGUCGCCGCUCUACCACUCCUUCACAGAGGAGCUCAACAAGAUCCUGGAGCAGAGGAAACACACGCAGCUGGACCUGCAGCCGGACGAGAGCUCCAUCUAGGACGCCCCCUCUCAGGCUCAGUCCCAAAGUUAUUUAUUUUAUACCCCAACGGUGACCCGUAGUGGUGGGGAGAACUGACUGUCGUAUCAAACGCUGCUGUUAUUUACCCAGUGUCAGAGUACCUCGCCUGAUCUGAAAUGCGCAGGCUCCCCUUGUCUCCCAUGACAAAUGACCCAGGAUUUCACUUCAACAACGGACUACACUAACCAGACGUUAAUAUUCAAAAAGUGGAGCUGUGAAGAUUUUGGUCAAAGACUGCGCUGUUACAGAAGUACUAGGAAGAAGGGAGCUUAAUGCUUCCUCUGCUGAGACUUUCUGGAGGCUUGUGAAAGAUCGGGGUCAUACAUGUGUGAUGUAGAAGACGCAAACUAGGACACGAAAAUAAGUCAGGCCAAGAGGGGACCGCAGAUAUAUGAGACUGUGGAAGUGUUCAGGGUUUUUAGUGCCAUGUAAUGUAAGCCUUCUAUGGAACUUAAAGUGAUACUCCACCAAAAAUCUACCUUUUGUGCAUUGUUAAAUCAUUCUACCUUUCACCCGAUGUGCUUUCCACCUCAGAGCCUUUCGUGAGUUAUGGACAGUUGUUAGAAGGUCACAGUGCUUUAAUGAGCAAAGAGUGCAUCCUAUUGGGAUUCAUUAGCUGCCAUUGGCCACCUCCAGGUGUGUCUCAGCAGUGGAUAAUAAGGACACAUCACCCCCAAACCCCUGUGUGUGAUGUUUGAGCAAGUGAACUAAUAUACUAAAUUGAAGGACCAUUACAUGUUUUCAAACAAGCUAAAUCAUCCAACAAGUAUAAAGUUGGUACCAGAAUGAUUUAAGAAGUUGCAUGAUUUUUGAAAGGGAAAACAUUUCCAAAUAGGAAUCCAUUUUAAGCAAUUAUCGAAACAUCUGCUGAUUCUUUUCCCCCAAAAAACGUCAUAAAAGAGUUUCAAAUGCUCGUCACAUCUUACCAGAGUCAAGUGUGCCUUCUUGGAAUUGUUGGCAAACAUUUGUUAACCCCAAAAUAUCUUAUAUGAAGAUGUUAAACAGAGAAAAUUAGCAAAUAAGAAGCUCAUUCUUUGCAUACUACAUAUUACAGUCACCCUUCAAGCCCACAGGGGAAGCCUGUUUGAUACUCAAAAUAUAGAUUGUGUGUGGAGUAUCACUUUAAGAAGCUGUUACAGUUCACAAGGGCUCAGGUGGUGAGACAAAUCUUACAUUUUAAGUUAUUUAAAACUAUUCUUUGUUCAUUUUCUUCUGCUCUCAAGUAGAUUGCGGCAGCAGUUAGUAGCUCUUUUGUGUGUUAAUAGGAAAACCUGUAGCAAAGCUUCUGUUAGCAUCAAUGUUAGAACAAGAGACACAGCUUAAGUGGUCUAUUAAAGGAGAAGUCUGUUUGUGGUCAGAUUGAUUGAAUUCACGUAAGACCACAGACUGGCUCCGGGGCCCAUUGGGGAAACCACACUGAAAACAAAUGGCUGUAAAGGAAAUAUGCAGCUUUCUAUUUAUACAGCUCCAACAUUAUCUCUUUGUCAUGGUCAGACUGUUGCCUUGUUUUUGGAUGAUCAUUCAUUACACCUCGAAGAUGUGGCUUUCUCUUGAGACGUCAUGCCAUUCUUUUCAGACACAGACACAAACUCUUAGUGAUGUUACAAAAAGUCAAAUUGGUUUCCAUCGACUUCUUAAAUGGUCCCCUAUCUGCCUGCAAGGGGCCAUUUGUCAAUCCAGAGAAGACCUUCACACAAAGGCAUCCUCUGUGUUUACCUGACAUCAGAGCAAGGCCAAAACAGCAAGAACCGCAGACCGUACAGUAUUUUCUUGGCAAGGUGAACUAUGAUUAAAUAGUAGGUAUAACUUAGACAGACUGAAAUGAAUCUCUAAGUAGUUUGUAAACGUGUCACGGUGAGGGGUAAAUACAGAUCUGUCUUACCCAGCAAAGUGUUGAAUCAGCUCUCGUAGCGGUGGCUCAGCAGCAGCCCUCGAAGGGGACUCUCAGCGAGCGUCUGUCAGAGCGGGCUGACAGGAACAGCGAGGCUUGGCUCCCCUCCACCAGGAGAGGACACAGGCUUUUUGUCUGUUUGCAUAGAGUGCUGUCCUCUCACAAGUCAGAAGCAGACAGGAAACAUUUGACCUGAGUGUCCUGGUUAGCCAUGCAGGAAACAGACGAUGAUACAAGGAGGCAGCAGCUAUUUUGCACUCGCAGGUUUUUACAGUAGUUGUCCUCUUGUCUGCCUUGUAAGCCACUUUAUUUUGGGAAUAUGGUUCAGGGAGUGCACUAUAUGCAGACUGAUAAAUGUCCUCGCCCGGAUUGAAGGAAAUCUGUUUGAUAUCAUUAAACAAAGUGCUUGCUUUGUUUUGUUUGAGACAUGAAUGUUGUUGGGGAUAGAUUGGCCAAAGGUGUAUUAUUCAUGGCCUGGUCCACUGUAUGAAAGCAGGAUUUCUGGUCAUUCACCUUUGAACAUGGAUGACACAUAUUCUUGUUCGUUGGUAGCAAAUUCAACCUUUAAACUGCUUCUACUGAUUAGGUUUCCUAAUUAUUUUGUAUCUGGCUAUCUCUGUGACCUUAUGCGAAGUCUCUGUCUCAGUAGUUAUAUACUGUGUAUAGGCUUGUCUCUUUAGGAAAUGACAACUAUAUAAAAUGUUAGCGUUUAGCUUUUUCCAUACAAGACAUAUAGAAUCCAGAAAAAUAGACAGAUAGUAAACCUUUGUACCAUACGCAGCACCACUAGACUGCCAGAUCAAAUCAUUUCAUUGGAUGCCAACAAAAACUUCAGAUUGGGUGAAGUUGGCUAAAAUUGCUAUACUCCUCACCAUAUGCCUAUGUGCGAAGACAAAACCAUGAUCUACUGUUACACAUUUCAGAUCACACUAAACAAAUAGCAUAUAUAUUGGACUACUUAUCAUAUAUGUGGCUAUAAAUACAACUUAAGAAAGAGUGAACUAUUGUCGGUUAACUAUAAAUCCAAACGUUCUCAGACCUCAGCCAUGAAGCUCUCCUUAGAUGUGUUUCUCCGUAUGAUACAACCUCACCUGUGUGUCCUAAUCAGCCAUGCAGAAAAUAGAUGACCAUACUCAUUCGCACUUUGCAUGUUUUUUAUCAGCCUUUUUAGCCAUUUCACUUGAUUUUCAUCCUCAUUCCUCCCCUCUCUCCCUCUCUGUUGUUCCUUCCCGUCUCAUCAGUUCUCAUGACAGUAUCAUCUAUUACUCUCUCUGCUCACAUUCACACACUCUCUCAAGGACCCCUGCUGAAUUUACAAAUGCCAUUGUGGCCCCCAAUCCAUUAGAACUAGUUUUUAAAUAGCCCUAGAGUUUGUGUUUGUGAAACAAGUUGGUUUUCUGAACAUGCUACUCUCCAUUUUUUCAGAGAGGUUGACUAGGAUUGUGCAUAUUUUCUGAUCCAUGCUAAUUUUAUUUAUUUUAUUUAAAUCAAAGAUGUGAAUAAAUGUUUUUGUUGGGUUACAUUUAAUUGCAAAUUCAAGAUAUGUAAAAAUGAUUGCAGUUUCUCCUGAGUUCAACAUGUUACUAUACGGUACCUACACAUGUAUUAUAUAAAGGCUUCCAUUAUCAAGGUCCCUUAUGAUAGAUUUUGACAAUCCUUCACAUGUUGAAAGCUUUGUCUGAAUCUGCGACCUUUGCUGCUGCUUCAUUCUCAUUUAAGGACAAUCUGUUUACAAAAGACACUGUCUCUGCCCUGUUUUCUUAUAUGGACUUUAAAACCAUAUUGCAUCACAUUCACCUUGUCUAUGUACACAAAUCCAGAUUGAAGCAAAUACAUCCCGCUGCGUCAAUAUGCAAGAUACACUAUAUUUUAUGUAGAUUAUUUUUUAGGUGUCGGCCAAAGACAGUAGUUAGAGUUCCUUUUGCACUGUUAGUACUUUUUUAAACGUCAUAUAAUAUACUCUUGUAAACUGUGACACUUUGACGGAAGAGGAUGAGCGCCACAUGUGAAACACUUUUUUUGAGAUUAAAGUCAGAUUUCUGUAUUUUUCUCAGAAUUGUGACUUUAAUCUCACAACAAAAUGAAAAGAAAGUUUUGGUCGGAUCUUGAAAGAAAGUGGCCCUAAUCCUCUCCCAUACACUUUCCAUCAAGUUUUUUCUGUAUGAUUCCUUUUGUUGAUAAUGACCUUAUCUAUGUGCUUUUCUCAGAAUAUAACUGGCUUCCUGUAAGAUUUAACCACCUACGUUGUUGCAGACCUUUUAUGUUGUGUCUCAUGUCUAAUUUAUUGAAGUUCAUUAAAUUUCAACUUGCCUCUGCAGAUUAAAUAACACUUAAAUGCUCAUCUUGGGGGGGGAAACAAAAACGUCAGCGUCAAGAGCCUUGAGGGGAAGACAGGAAAUGACUUGCAAAACAUGCUCAAACUGAGUCCAACUCUCCAGACGCCACAACACUUGGUUGUUUUUAGCUUGUGGCAAGCGACAAGGCCACUGGGAACUCCACUGGGAAUGGAUCCCACAGUAAUUUACAUAUAUGACUCUGACAGAGCAGAGGUAUAACAUAAGCUCAGAGGGGGGAUAAAAUGACCAUAUUUCAGAGCAAGGCAGUAACUUAGCAACAGAAUCUUUAUUUAGAGUCUUAAAUGUCCUAGCGUGGCUAUAGCUUUGCCAGUUUUCAUUGGGUAGCGCGGGUGUGAUGGGAGUGUACUGGCCCUGAUAUCUGUAAUUGGUGGCAUAUUUAAAUUAAAAUGCAGGAAAUUAGCAUUUUCACACAAUCAUGCUUUAAUUCCUUUUACGGCUAAGACAUUUUAACUUGACAUAGAUGUGGUGAUAUAAGUGCACAGAUCAUUAAAAUGUCACCACCUUUAUUUGCAGUACAUCUAUCACAUCAGGAACUGCAGUCUUUAUGGCUGAGGGUAAUUCAGUUGGACAUGGCAUCCACAUUCUUGAAAAAAUGAUCCUCAAGUAGAUAUUUGGAAGAAAAUUAGUGAAAUCAGCAGAAGUAUGCCACUGCAGAGCUCUGCUCCACCGUCUCUCACUGAUCACCAUCCUCUGCAGUCAUCUCACGCUCCUAUUCUACAUGCAUUCUCUCAGAUAUACCCAAACCAUUUCCUAGUGGCCAGAACUAUGUAUGCCAGCAGAAUAGUAUCCAUCAAUCAACAGCGACGAGCAAUCUGUCCUGCAGGCACCUUUCAUGCCUAUUUGUAUUCAUGGAAGGACUGUUUGUAUGGGCGUCUUUUUGUUGAGAACUACAUUGAGGUUAUUUGUUAGGGAAUAAAAGGGAAAGCCGGCAUGUUUCACAGUCCAAGAUGGUAGCCCUAUUUUACUUUUUUGGUUUUCCCUUUCCUGUAUUGUGUUAUAUAAGUUUUUGUGCAUAAUUAAUGUUCUGCUAAGUUUCUCUCCCACACGCCUCCUCUGCCUGAAACGCCUCCAUAUAGUCCUUCAUUUACUUCCGCAACAUAGUACACACUGUACAUGAUAGGCCAAGGGGCGGGACAUCUCUAAGCAGUAGACCAAUCGCAACAGAGACAGCCAGCUAACCAAUCAGAGCAGACUGGGCUCUUGUUUUAGACAGAGGGUGAAAAGAGGUGCUGCAGCACAGGCAGUAUGAGAAAAAUAAAGUCCUUUCUGAAUAUUAAAGCUAUGUCACAGACAGUAGAGGCAUAAAAUACAAUUAUGAAACCUGAAAACUAGUAUACAAGGGCCCCUUUAAAACAUUUCCCUCAAGCUAUCACACAGCUUUCUGUCAUCUUAAUUUAGGGAUUUGUUGUGCAUUAAGGAAACCAUCAAACCUUAUCAGUAUCUAAAACUGUAAAAACAUGUACAUUCCCUGGUGUCAUGGAAAUAAAGAAAGGUGUUCCUCU